GCGGCUCGGAGCUCGGCGAACAUGGCGGCGGCGGCAGUCGGGCGGGACACUUUACCUGAGCACUGGUCCUACGGCGUGUGCCGGGACGGCCGCGUCUUCUUCAUCAACGACCAGCUCUGCCGCACGACCUGGCUGCACCCGCGCACCGGGGAGCCCGUCAACUCCGGACACAUGAUCCGCUCAGACCUGCCCCGCGGCUGGGAGGAGGGCUUUACGGAGGAGGGCGCCAGCUACUUCAUCGACCAUAACCAGCAGACCACAGCGUUCAGGCAUCCUGUGACGGGGCAGUUUUCUCCAGAAAAUAGUGAAUUCAUUCUUCAAGAAGAGCCGAAUCCACAUAUGUCGAAGCAGGACAGAAACCAAAGACCGUCCAGCAUGGUCAGUGAAACAUCCACGGCUGGGACCGCCUCCACCCUAGAGGCCAAGCCUGGACCCAAGAUCAUAAAGUCCAGCAAUAAAGUCCACAGCUUUGGGAAGAGAGACCAGGCCAUUCGGAGGAACCCCAACGUUCCUGUGGUGGUGAGGGGCUGGCUGCACAAGCAGGACAGUUCUGGGAUGAGGCUGUGGAAAAGGAGGUGGUUUGUGCUUGCCGAUUACUGCUUAUUUUACUAUAAAGACAGCCGAGAAGAAGCAGUCCUUGGGAGCAUUCCCUUGCCCAGCUACGUGAUCUCGCCUGUGGCCCCUGAGGAUCGCAUAAGCCGCAAAUACUCCUUUAAGGCUGUGCACACGGGGAUGCGAGCGCUCAUCUAUAACAGCUCCACAGCAGGCUCUCAGGCCGAGCAGUCGGGCAUGAGGACCUACUACUUCAGUGCCGACACCCAGGAGGACAUGAAUGCUUGGGUCAGGGCCAUGAACCAGGCUGCACAGGUGCUGUCUCGAUCGUCACUGAAGAGGGACAUGGAGAAGGCGGAGCGGCAGGCUGUCCCCCAGGCCAACCACACAGAGUCCUGUCAUGAGUGUGGCCGGGUGGGACCCGGACAUACGAGAGAUUGUCCUCAUCGUGGCCAUGACGACUUUGUCAACUUCGAGAGGCAAGAGCAGGAGGAAGAGCGGUACCGUUCCCAGAGGGACCCGCUGGAGGGCAAGCGGGACCGGAGCAAGGCCAGGUCUCCAUACUCGCCGGCCGAGGAGGAUGCCUUGUUUGUGGAUUUACCCACUGGCCCAAGAGGCCAGCAGGCACAGCCCCAGCGGGCAGAAAAGAAUGGCAUGCUGCCUGCCUCAUAUGGCCUAGGAGAGCAGAACGGGACUAGUGGGUACCAGCGGGCCUUUCCUCCCAGGACCAACCCUGAAAAGCACAGCCAAAGGAAGAGCAACCUGGCCCAGGUGGAGCACUGGGCAAGGGCCCAGAAGGGGGACAGCAGGAGCCUUCCCUUGGACCAGACGCUUCCUCGCCAGGGUCCUGGCCAAUCCCUGUCCUUCCCAGAAAACUACCAGACUCUUCCCAGGAGCACCCGACACCCAUCAGGGAGCUCCUCACCACCUCCCCGAAACCUGCCAAGUGACUACAAGUAUGCGCAGGACCGAGCCAGCCACCUGAAGAUGUCGAGUGAAGAGCGCCGGGCACACCGGGAUGGCACCGUGUGGCAGCUCUAUGAGUGGCAGCAGCGCCAGCAAUUCCGGCAUGGCAGCCCCACGGCACCCAUCUGCCUCGGCUCCCCAGAGUUCACCGACCAGGGCCGAAGCAGGAGCAUGCUAGAGGUGCCCCGCUCCAUCUCUGUGCCUCCAUCUCCCUCAGACAUCCCUCCCCCGGGACCCCCGAGGGUCUUCCCACCCCGGCGGCCACACACGCCAGCAGAGAGGGUCACGGUGAAGCCACCAGACCAGAGGAGGAGUGUGGACAUCUCACUGGGGGAUUCUCCCAGGAAGGCACGGGGCCACACUGUCAAGAACUCAUCUCAUGUGGACCGACGUUCCAUGCCCUCCAUGGGUUACAUGACCCACACUGUCAGUGCUCCCAGUUUACAUGGAAAAUCGGCUGAUGAUACCUACCUCCAGCUGAAGAAAGACCUGGAGUACCUGGAUCUAAAGAUUAAAAAUAAUGAACCUUUGAUCAACGUGCUUUACAAAGUGCUGAAGAAGUCAGCACGGGGCUGUCGGCCCAGGAGAAGCAUGACAGGCCGGGACCUUCUUAAGGAUCGAAGUCUGAAGCCUGUGAAGAUCGCGGAGAGCGACAUUGAUGUCAAACUGAGCAUUUUCUGCGAACAAGACAGGAUCCUCCAGGACUUGGAAGACAAGAUACGAGCCCUUAAGGAGAACAAAGACCAGCUAGAAUCCGUGCUGGAAGUAUUGCACAGACAGAUGGAGCAGUACCGAGACCAGCCCCAGCAUUUGGAGAAGAUUGCCUACCAGCAAAAGUUGCUGCAGGAAGACCUGGUCCAUAUCCGAGCUGAGCUCUCCAGAGAGUCCACUGAGAUGGAAAAUGCUUGGAACGAAUACCUGAAGUUGGAGAAUGAUGUGGAACAGCUGAAGCAGACCCUGCAGGAGCAACACAGAAGAGCCUUUUUUUUCCAGGAGAAAUCGCAGAUACAGAAAGAUCUAUGGAGAAUUGAAGAUGUCAUUGCAGGCCUGAGUGCAAAUAAAGAGAACUUCAGAAUCCUUGUGGAGUCGGUCAAAAAUCCAGAGAGAAAAACGGUGCCUUUGUUUCCACACCCGCCUGUGCCUUCGCUCUCAACUUCUGAGAGCAAGCCUCCCCCACAGCCCAGUCCUCCCACCAGCCCUGUGCGGACCCCUCUGGAGGUUCGACUCUUCCCCCAGCUGCAAACCUACGUGCCGUACCGACCUCACCCACCCCAGCUGAGGAAAGUGACAUCCCCCCUUCAGUCACCAACUAAGACGAAGCCCAAAGUUCAGGAAGAUGAAGCACCUCCUAGGCCCCCACUCCCUGAGCUCUACAGCCCAGAGGACCAGCCCCCAGCUGUGCCACCUCUCCCCAGAGAGGCCACCAUCAUCCGGCACACGUCUGUGCGGGGCCUGAAGCGGCAGUCGGACGAGAGGAAGCGAGACCGGGAGCUAGGGCAGUGUGUGAACGGGGACUCCAGAGUGGAGCUGCGGUCGUACGUCAGUGAGCCUGAGCUGGCGACCCUCAGCGGGGACAUGGCCCAACCCUCCCUUGGACUUGUGGGCCCUGAUAGCGGGUACCAGACGCUGCCAGGCAGAGGGCUCUCAGGGUCCACGUCAAGACUCCAGCAGUCAUCCACCAUUGCUCCCUAUGUCACACUCCGGAGGGGUCUCAAUGCAGAAAGCAGCAAGGCAACCUUCCCUAGACCCAAGAGUGCCUUGGAGCGCCUGUACUCAGGAGACCACCAGCGGGGCAAGAUGAGUGCGGAGGAGCAACUAGAACGCAUGAAGCGGCAUCAGAAGGCCCUGGUCCGAGAGCGCAAGAGGACGCUGGGCCAAGCGGAGAGGACGGGCCUGCCCUCAUCUCGCUACCUCAGCCGGCCGCUCCCAGGAGAUCUUGGCUCAUGGAAGCGUGAGCAGGACUUUGACCUGCAGUUGCUGGAACGGGUCGUGCAAGGGGAAAGAAAGGACAAGGAGGAGAAUGGCUGGUUGAAAGUGCAGGCCAUGCCUGUCACUGAGUUGGACCUGGAACCUCAAGACUAUGACUUGGACAUCAGCAGAGAGCUGUCCAAACCAGAGAAGGUAUCAAUCCCUGAGCGUUACGUGGAGCUAGAUCCUGAAGAGCCACCCAGCCUUGAGGAGCUACAAGCGCGGUACCGCAAAGCCGAGAAGAUCCGCAAUAUCCUCGCCCGGUCAAGCAUGUGCAACCUGCAGCCGACCUCAGGCCAGGACCGGAACAGUGUGGCCGACCUGGACUUGCAGCUGCAGGAGCAGGAACGCAUCAUCAACAUCUCCUACGCCCUGGCCUCCGAGGCCUCCCAGCGCAGCAAGCAGGUGGCAGCCCAGGCAGUGACUGACCCGUGACCCAGUAUACAGAGAAGCCUGGAGCCAGGGGCCCAGUGGAACCAGCUUCCUCCAAGGAGAUCAACCUUUCUGCCCCCAAGGAAACUGCCUCCGGCUGGGCAGGGAAUCUGGCUGGAGGAAGGAGCAGCUUACUGACUGCGGGUGUCCACCACAGGCGAGGCCCUAACACGCAUUCACUAGUUUAGCUCAGACUCCUCUCUACAUAUGAAUGGCAAAGGCACUUUUGAUACACACUGUAAAAUAUACUGUAUUUUAAAAUUGGAAUCUCUUUUCUAAUGUUCACCUCAAGGGCUGAGUGGCAGGGAGGGUGAGGAUGCAGGACUUUGCAGCUGCACCUACAGAUUCAGGUACUUUUGGGUGACAGGUGUGGGUGGGGGAAAGGGCGGGGCAAGCAGAGGACAGUUCAACUUCCAAUGACCUCAAGAGAAAGUGGGAUUUGAAGAGGCAUUCCCAGUGGAUUCCAGCGUUAGGCUGGUUGGCAUGCUGUCUAGGAGAAGAAGGGCCCUUGGCUGCAGAGAUCAGCUGUCCCUGACCUGAUGACCAGCUCUGUGUGAAACUCCACCAGAAUGGCACGUGGAGCCCAAGUCUGCAUCUUGGCCCUUGGGUUUGGCUUAGGGGCAACAGUGUGUUCAAAAGCACUGGGGCCCACAACCUGCCCACAGGCUUCCCUCAGCAAAGGGCUCUUAUCAGAAAGAAAAAAGCAGUUUGCUUUCAUUGUUUUUUUGAGACGGAGUUUUACUGUUGUUGCCCAGGCUGGAAUACAAUGGUGCUAUCUCAGCUCACCGCAACCUCUGCCUCCUGGGUUCAAGGGAUUCUCCUGCCUCAGCCUUCCAAAUAACUGGGAUUAUAGGCAUGUGCCACCACGCCCAGCUAAUUUUGUAUUUUUAGUAGAGACAGGGUUUUUCCAUGUUGGUCAGGCUGGUCUUGAACUCCUGACCUCAGGUGAUCUACCUGCCUCAGCCUCCCAAAGUGCUGGAAUUACAGGUAUGAGCCACCGCACCCAGCCUGCUUUCAUUUUUAACAGUACACAAUGAAGUACAGAAAAGUUGAGAGGAAGCAACUUUCAUUGUAUCAUAGCAAUAAACUCCACACUGGGUGACAUCUACCUAGAAAUCCCUUCCCUCCAACCAGGCCAUGUUGGGAACUUUCUCUGCCUGCCCUUGGAAAACCCCGGUUGGCUUCCCUAGGACUCAGGUCUGGUGGCAGGAGGGCAGCAGUGUGCCCCCACCAUCCCUGAUGGCCUGCUGCUGGCAGGGCCAUAAUGGCAGGACUUGACUUCCAGCCCCACAUGAGAAGGGGAGGCUACCAAGCCAGGUGCAGUGUUUGUGGCCCUUUAUUUAAGUUGUGUUCUUAUAUUAUUCUGCAAAUAGAAAAUGAUGUUUAAAUGGAAAAACAACAACAACAAAAACUUCCAUUGGGUGGAGCCACACUUUAAAUGAAAAUUUCUCUUUGACUAUGCUCAGAAAAAAAAAAAUAGAAUUUUGAAUAUAUUUAGCAGUUGCCGUCUAUUUUUAACUAACUCCAUAUGCUGCCAGUAUCGACUUCAUGACAUUUGCCAAAUAAAAUUUUAUUUUUGCCUUUAUAAGAUUUUCUUGGAAAAAAAUGAAUAUUUUGCAAGAAAAAGUUAAUUUAAAAAUGUAAUGGUUUGCAAAAAGAUGUGAUGUACAGAUUAAAAUAUUAACCUGA